AUGCAGAGGACGAUCGGCGCCAUACCGACGAGGUCUCCUCAAUCCAUGGCGAGGCAGCGGCUUCCGGCAGCUAGAUCGCGCGUUCUUGACAAUGAUCUGGAGGUGGAGAUCGACGAGGAGCACAUUUUCGUCCUCAGCAAGAGGCAAAUGGCGAAGUAUUCCGGGCGGGCGAGGCAUCUCAUCGCGACGAGCAGCACUGGCGCAGCCGGCAGCCGGAAAUCCAAGCGGCAGCGGCUUGUUCUUCGCGAUUUUCCUGGCGGAGCCCCGGCAUUCGAAAUGGCGGCAUCUUUUUGCUACUCCGGUGGCCAGCUCGAGAUCGCCCCAUCCAAUGUCGCCGUGCUCAGGGCUGCCGCGGAUGAAUUGGUGAUGACCGAGGAUAUUUCGGCUGGAAAUCUCGUGUCCAGGACCGAGGAGGCGCUCGGCGGCGUCGAUUCCUGGCAGUGGCAGGAUUUGGUAGCGGCGCUCAAGGGGUGUGACAGCGUCCUCCAUAUAGCCGAGAAUCACCGGAUCGUCCAACGGCUAGCAUUUGCCACAGCAGGGAAAAUCUCGUCCAGCAUCGAGCUUCUUCACACCGCUGGGGAAUCGCCCAUGUCACCGGAUCAAGAGCUCCGAGCGUCCACGAGCCUGUCUCCAAGAACUUGGUGGUUCACGGACGUUUGCGGGCUGUCCAUGUAUCUCAUGGAAAGGGUCGUGCGAGCGCUCUUCACAGUCAACGUGGAGCAUCGCUAUAUCUCCAGGUUCUUGCUCUACUACUUGAAAACGAGCUUGGCUUCGCUUGGGUAUAGCUGGGUUUCGUCCAGGCACAGUGCUAGUAGUGCUACGGGUGAGAGUGAAGGUAAAGAUGGUGGCAGCCGGGAAGAUGGUCAGCAACUCCAGUGCGAAGUGAUGGAAACAAUUGUGAGCUUGCUGGGUCAUCUAGAACCAGGAUCGACGACGUGCCGAUCGCUGUUCGUGAUCUAUAGGAUGGCCGUGGGGAUAGAAUCGAGCAAGCUGUGCCGGUCACAAAUCGAGAGGAUGAUUGGUUUGCAGCUACACAACGCCACCCUCGACAACCUUUUGCUACCGUCAUCGACUUCCCCGAGGUCCGGAGGCCCGGUCUACGAUGCUGAUCCUGUGCUGCGGUUGCUCUGGUACUUCCUCAAGAGCUACGUUUCCGAGAAUUCGUGCUCCAUUGGGGAGGAAGCGCUGAUCAAGCUGGGAACGCUGGUGGAUAUGUACCUGUCGGAAGUGGCGCCAGACCCGCAUUUGCACCCGCAGAAGCUCCUCCGCCUCGCGAAAGUGCUACCGCCUUGGUCAAGGGUAACCGACGACAGACUCUACAGAGCGGUGGACAUCUACCUGGAAGCUCAUCCGUUUAUCAGAAACGCGGAAGCGCUGAGCCUGUGCAACGCGGUGAAUUACCAGAAACUCUCCCCCAAGGCGUGCGCUCACAUAGCACAGAACCCGCGGUUUCCUGCUCCCGUGGCCGUGCGUACGCUGUUGGCACAGAAGGAACUUCGCAAGCAAACAGUCUCGAGCCCCGUGAACAACAGUCCCAGCCAGGCCAAGAACAUAGAUCCGGGAAAGAGUCCAGGCAAAAGUCCAGGCAAGAGUCCACAGAAGAUCGACCACCACCAAGAACGAGGAGGAGAAGAAGAAGAGGCGAGCAGGCUUCUUGACGCAGAGCAACAGCAGCAAGCUGGGCCGAUCGACCCGAGUGUGUACCGCAGGGCUCUGAUGCAAAACGAGGAGCUGCGAUGGGGGCUGCGAGCCAUGCAAACCAAAGUCACGAAUCUGGAGAAGAUGUGCAAGUCGAUGCGAUGCGAGGUGGUGGAAUCAGUCCGGAUGAAGGGGAUGAUCUGCUGACAAAGAAGCUGAGACAAAUCGAGCCAAGGAGCUUAAGAGAAGGAAGGGAGGGAAUGAAUCUCGAUCUUAUCUGCGGGCUUUGGAGCUUGUAGCCGGCGGACGCCAUAGCGUGCUCGAAGGAAGCUGGAUCACAGGGAAAGAAGAGGCCACCGUGGUAGCUGAAAUGGGAGGAGGAGGCGCUCUCCUCCAUGGCCAGCAAAUCCUGGAAGCGUUGAUCGUUUAGGUAGAUGACUGGGAUCACGAAGCGCUUGCGAUCUCGUCCAACGUACACUGCGAGGCUUCCUUUUGGGACCAGUUGUGGCGGCUGCUCUGGCGAUGGUGCUCCACAAAUAAGGUCCGCGAGGAUUCCUCUCAUCAUCCAUCUUCUAGACAUUCUCUCCUCUAUUCGAACGAA